AAUACGUGAUCAACUUCCCUUCUUCUCCUUCUUCAACCACACCCUAACCUUUCAUCCUCAGCCAUUUUUCUCCAUUGUUUUCUCUCUCAAAUACUGAAAGUUCUCAUCUUUCUUUCUUUUUCUUCUUGCUGUUUUUAUUUAUGCCAUGGCUUUUUCUUCUGGGAGCUUAGAUACGUCUGCAAAUUCUCAUCAUUCAUCGAAUUUCAGUUUCUCCACUUACUCUUUCAUGUCCACGUCGUUCUCUGAUCUUCUUGCAUCCGGUGCCGGUGAUGAAGCUCUUAAUACCCAGAGUGAGAAUCAACGGCGUGGGUUGUCCGAUCGAAUUGCUGAGAGAACUGGGUCAGGUGUCCCUAAGUUCAAAUCUAUUCCACCUCCUUCUUUGCCCAUCUCUCCUCCUUCUGUUUCUCCUUCUUCUUACUUUGCUAUUCCUCCUGGUUUAAGCCCCACUGAACUUCUGGACUCUCCUGUGUUAUUGAACUCUUCCAACAUUUUGCCAUCUCCAACUACUGGGACAUUCCCAGCUCAGGCUGCCAAGUGGAGCACGAGUUCUGGUCGAAACCAGCAAAAUGUCAAGCAAGAAGACCCCAACUUUUCUGAUUUCUCUUUCCAGCCACCGACAAGGCCUCCCACAGCCUCAUCUGCAAUGUUUCAAUCUUCAAACACUAGAAUUCAAACCGCACAGCAACAAGGAUGGAGUUUCCAAGAAUCUGUGAAGCAAGAUGAUUUUGCUGCAGGGAAAAGUAUGCAGAGCUUCUCCCCAGAGAUUGCUGCGAUUCAAACCAACGAUGGGUUGCAGUCAGAUUAUGGCGGUGCUCAUCAACAGCAAUAUCAGUCAGUUAGAGAACAGAGAAGAUCAGAAGAUGGUUACAAUUGGAGAAAAUAUGGACAAAAGCAAGUUAAAGGAAGUGAAAAUCCCAGAAGUUAUUACAAGUGCACGUACCCCAAUUGCCCUACAAAGAAGAAAGUUGAAAGAUCUUUGGAUGGACAAAUAACUGAGAUUGUUUACAAAGGUAGCCACAACCAUCCUAAGCCUCAAUCUACUAGAAGAUCAUCUUCAUCAUCAUCAGCAGCAGCAGCUUCCAAUCACGCAAUCAUAGCUCCUAAUCUUCCAUCAAAUGAGAUGCAAGAUCAAUCACUCGUCACCCAUGGCAGUGGACAAUUAGAUGUUGCAACACCUGAGAACUCCUCAAUAUCCAUAGGGGACGAUGAUUUUGAUUCCCAGAAGAGCAAAUCUAGAAGCGAUGAGUUUGAUGAAGAUGAACCAGAGGCCAAAAGAUGGAAAGCAGAAGGAGAAAACAAUGAAGGGAUUUCAGGAGGUGGAAGCAGAACAGUGAGAGAACCUCGAGUUGUGGUUCAGACAACAAGUGACAUUGACAUUCUUGAUGAUGGAUACAGAUGGAGGAAAUAUGGGCAAAAAGUAGUCAAGGGAAAUCCAAAUCCUAGGAGCUACUACAAGUGUACACAUCCAAGUUGUCCUGUAAGAAAACAUGUAGAGAGAGCAUCUCAUGAUUUCAGAGCAGUGAUCACAACCUACGAAGGGAAGCACAACCAUGAUGUCCCGGCAGCUCGCGGCAGCGGCAAUUCUGUGAACAGGGCGCUGCCGGAGACUAACUCUGCAGCUAUGCCUAUGACAAUAAGGCCAUCUGCAAUGAACCAUAACUCACUUCGCCAUCUUAAGUUACCACCAAAAACAUCAGAAGGGGAAGCACCCUUUUCACUGGAGAUGUUUCAGAAUUCCGACAGUUUUGCGUUCUCAGGGUUCGGCAAUCAACUGGGUUCUUACACGAAUCAAACAUCGUCAGACAAUGCUUUUUCCAGAGCCAAAGAAGAACCGAGAGAUGAACUGUUCCUGGAAUCAUUGCUGUGCUGAAAUUUGCAGGCUUCUGAAGGAAGAAGAAGAUAAAAGAGAAUGAUGUGGAAAUAGUAAUUUUGAUUAAUUGCAUUGUGUUUGUUUGUUGUGUAUAUUGAUUUUUGUAAUGUUGUGAAAAUUACAUUUUUUAAAAAUUUAUUUUUUGAUUGUUUUGGGGCUGACUGUAUCUCAAGCCUCGAUUCAAUUUUGUA